AUGUCAAAUCUUUUAGACCCUGAUGAAUAUUUUGAAAACGAUGAUAUGGAAGAAGAUUUAAAAGAUUUUACCAUUGUUACAAAAGCUACUCCCUUUACUAUUACUAAUAAUAUCAAAGAAGUUUCAAUUUAUCGCGUCAAUUUAACGCGUUCAGUAAUCGUUUACUUUGCGAUAUCAGACGCAGCUGCCACAGCUUUACACGUGACUAUUCCUGAUCUUAAAAUCGACACUUUCUGUGAUUUCUUUCAAUACAAAGCUGAUAUGCAAUUCAACGAAAAAACUAUUCAUGUUACUGAUAUUCCUUUACAAAUGAAGCCUGCUAAAUCAAACAAGUUUUUGCCAAAUAUGAAACUAUUACUGAUAUUAAAAUGA